AUGGCUCCUUACAUCCUCCGUCCACUGGUCCUCCCACUGGUCAUGGCGGCCCUCAUUGUCCUUCGCCUCCAACCCUCCAUGGUCAACGCUGUCGUCGUGCCGGACGUCGUCACCCAGGAGUUCUUCGAUGGCAUCAUCAACAAGUCCCCCGGCGACUGCGCCGGGAAGAACUUCUACACCCGUUCCGCCUUCCUCCAGGCCGCCGACUCCUUCCCGGGUUUUGGCACGGAGGGAUCGGAGGACGACUCCAAGCGCGAGAUCGCCGCCUUCUUUGCGCACGUCACCCACGAGACCGGCAGUGAGUUCUCCUCCUGCGGGUCCACGGAAGAUCGUUCUUUUAUCUGCCGCCGCCGUCGCUGACGCCGCUUCGAUUGCUGGGUUUGCAGGUUUCUGCUUCAUAGAGGAGAUCGACGGCCCCAGCAAGGAUUACUGCGACGAGACCAACAACCAGUACCCGUGCGUCCCCGGGAAGGGAUACUACGGCCGGGGGCCGCUCCAGCUGUCGUGGAACUACAACUACGGCCCCGCCGGACAGAACAUCGGAUUCGACGGACUGGGAUCGCCGGAGACGGUGGCAAACGACCCCGUGGUGUCAUUCAAGGCGGCUUUGUGGUUCUGGAUGAACAACGUGCACUCGCGGAUAAUCUCCGGCGAGGGGUUCGGGGCGACCAUACGGGCCAUCAACGGCGCGCUGGAGUGCGACAACGCCAACCCCGCCACCGUGACUGCGCGGGUGAACUACUACACUGACUACUGUAACCAGCUAGGCGUUGCACCUGGAGACAACCUCAGGUGCUAG